AUGUCGUCUAAUGCACAGCCACCAUAUUUGGAGAUCAAUUUCACCGGCGAGCAGCUUGCGCCGGGUCUUAUCUUUUUUGCUCCUCAGAUUGGCAUUGACGCCGAAUCAUACAUCCCUGAUAAAGCUCCUUUUAUUAUGACCGACACCGGUGACCUCGUCUGGUCAGGGCCUGUUACCCAGAUGCCUCGACUUCCGUUCUACUUCCGCAUCCCACGGUUACGUCAUAUUGUAAUCUACAAUUCUUCAUACGACCAAACUGGGAUUAUCUGUCCAAAUUUCAACUUGACUCUCCCUCCUGGAACAGAUGUACCCUGCCAAGCUGAUGUCCAUGAAUCUUUUAUCACCAAAGACAAUACAAUCAUCGUCACAGCCUACAACACAACUAAGGCAGACCUGCGAGAUAUUGGUGGCCCAGAAGAUGGGUGGGUUCUUGAUCCUCUCGUGUUUGAGGUCGAUAUCCACACUUCAGAGAUCCUUUUCUCUUGGAGUCCCCUCGCCCAUGUGCCAAUAACAGACUCAAGACUCCCGCUAGAUGGUGCAGGAAAAAACACCAGCAAUCCAUUCGACUUUUUCCACACAAACUCCGUCCGGCCCUUCGAGGGGAAUUAUCUCAUCAAUAGCCGGAGUACCUGGAAGACGUACCUAGUUGACAAAGACGGGAAUAUUCUUUGGCAAGUUGAUAGAGAGACGGGAGGUGACUUUGGGAGCCUGCCUGAAGGGGGUCGAUUUUCUUGGGAACACUUUGCUCGACUCGAACGCACGUCCGAUACCCAACUUCAGCUUAGAUACUUUGCAAACAACGACGAAAACCCAACCACAGCAAAUGCAUCAGUUGGUCUCGAACUCCUCUUGACGGUUCCCCCAACUCCCGACCACCCACCUCAGCUACUCAAGAACCUUUCAGACCCACUGUUUCCGGUUGUAUCUCUGGCCAUGGGAUCUUAUGAUAUCCUCUCAAAUGGUAAUCAUUUCCUUGGCUAUGGAAUCCAACCUGUGAUGAAAGAGUUUGGCCCACACAUCCCACAAGGUGACGAUGUUCGUUGGUCAGCAAGAUAUAAUUUUGAGAGCGGCGCUGCUAGUUAUCGAACCUACAAGACUUCUUGGAGGGCUACCCCCUCCAGCAAACCGGAUCUUAAAAUAACGAAAUCUGACCAUAGUAGCCAUACAUCUUCUGGGUUGCAUGGCACUGAGUGCGGCUCAUCAGCGAUCCGAGGCUACGUCAGUUGGAAUGGGGCAACCGAUGUCAAAUACUACGUGGUAUACACAGGAACGAGGACACAAUCUAUUCCAGGUGGGCGCAGUUGA